AGAAUGUCACAUCUUCGCGUUCUUUCUAUUUGUUACCUAAUGAUACUUAUUCGAGAAUCUUCUGCAUGUCUACCAACAGGGUUUGGAGGAAUAUUUGGAGGAGGAGGAGGAUGUGGAAGUAGACCGGGUGGAUGUGUAGCUGCAGCUCCUGCAGCACUUUAUUCUGCACCAGUGCCACCUCCGCCAGCUUAUCCAUUUGCACCACAGGUAUUCACGCAGCCUCCACCACCGCCACCACCACCGGUACUCCCAUCAGCAGCUUCUGCUCGGCAGCUUCCUUCGGCUGUAGUCAUUCCGGUUUCAGUUGAUUCUUCUUAUCAGGGAGUGUAUCAAGAUCGACCUCAAGCACCAUCAAUCAACCCGGAAUAUCAAGGAACUGCUCCGUUGAGCUUUGCGGGAGAAGUAGCAUCAUCUGAAGAUGCAGCCAAUACUGUAAUUGACCCACUCAAAUACAUUGAGCAUGUCUCAGUCUCCCAUACUCCUUCAAUACAAGUUGCUCCUCCAGCUCAAGAAUCAUAUCCUCCAAGUCCAGCUGAUCCAUUUGUAGGGGUCAACAUGGCAAAUGAGAAAACAGAUCAAUUAGCUUUUCCGAAGCAACAAAUUCAAGUGGCUCCAAGUUCUGCAUCGUCAGAAGACACGUACCUUCCAGGACCUCCUGAGAAGGAACUAGGUAACGCCACGAAGACAUUGAGCACUUAUUAUAAUCAGAUGUGUGCCGGAGAUACGAUAGUUGUCGGGGAGAAGGAAACAAUCGGCUCAGCAACUAAAAAGUGCGAGCUUUUGGAUUGUGUAGCUGCAAAUGCACAGCCGGAUAGUCAUGGAUCUUAUACGGUGACUUAUUUGAGUUCCGCGACUAGUAGAUCAAAUAGCAAAGGAAAUUAUUGCCUUUCGUCGAAAGAAUUGCCAAUCAAAAGCAAGAGAGUUAUAAGGAAGUUUGAUGAUGAAAAGAUGACAAGUGAAGAAGAAUCAACAAAUGCAGUGCGGAUGAAGAUUUUCAAACUAUAACUUUUUGGAACGUUAAUUUAUUAUUUAUCUAUUUUUCCUCCAUUUUCUUUCAUAUGCCUUUCAUAUAUUUUUUGCUCAAUUUUGUAAUUUCUACUUUCCAACCAAAAAUUGCUUCAAAUGCCAGAAGUUUAACUCUCUACUGAACACCCAAUCUCGCUUUAAUUCCCGCUCCAAUCUUUCUCUCCGUCUCUCAAUAAAUUUGUUUAGCCGUGU